AUGGCGGGACCGGCGCCGGAAGGUGCUUCACUGGUGCCAGAUGCGGCCGCAUGUCUGGCAGAGGCACAACAGACUGCUGUCCAAACGGCGUUACAGUUUGUGGGACUACCUCUAGAUAACAUGGUAGCCGAUCUAGCACAGUUGUUGACCCCAACUUUCGGGGCUGGGGCACCCGCGCUAGCCGUCCAGGUUCAACUGCUGCUGGGCGGGGAGUCUAAACCGCUCCUCGCCCUUUUGGAACAGGAGCUUCUGCCAAUUGUUACUGCGUCCGCCACCCUGAAGCUCGAAGCUGCCCAGGCUCUCGCGGACAAACAGGCAGCAGAAGCGGCGGACAAGGCUCAGGCCGAACGGGCAAGGGCACAGCAGUUGGCUGCCGAACGAGCGCAAGCAGACAUACCCAAAGACACCGUGCAAGCAGACAUACCCAAAGACACCGUGCGGACCGGCUGUGGAAAGAAAACUGCUGCAACACCCCUGAAUGUCUAUGGUGGCGAUGAUGAUAAGAUCAUUGGAGGUUACGAGUGUCCAGCCCACUCCCAGCCGUGGCAAGUCUUUUUAACCUACGGGGCUGGUUACCGGUGGUGUGGAGGCUCCCUCAUCAACGACCGCUGGAUUAUCUCCGCAGCUCAUUGCUACAAGAACCCCCGAACUCUCACGGUGCACCUUGGUGAGCACGAUACUUCGAUCGAAGAAGGUACAGAGCAGCACAUCCAGGUGGAAAAAGCCAUCCGCUAUCCUCAGUACAACGAGCGCACCAUCGAUAAUGAUUUCAUGUUGAUCAAACUCACCCAGCCAGCCCAUUUCAAUGCCUUUGUGCAACCCAUCGACAUUGCUCACAGCUGUCCUGUAGCUGGGGAUGACUGUCUCGCCUCAGGCUGGGGAAACACUCUGACAACAAGAGUUAUCUAUCCAGACAAUCUACAGUGCCUGAAUGUGCCCAUUCUCUCCACAUCCACCUGCCAUGCUGCCUACCCAGGCCGCAUCACCUCUAAUAUGUUCUGUGCCGGAUAUACAGAGGGAGGCAAAGAUUCUUGCCAGGGCGACUCCGGUGGGCCACUGGUGUGCAACGGAAAACUGUCUGGCGUGGUGUCCUGGGGGAAGGGUUGCGCCCAGAAAAACUAUCCUGGUGUUUAUGCUCCUGUGUGUAACUACAAAGCCUGGAUAGAAGAGGUGAUUUCAAACAACUAA